GCUAGUCCUUCCCCAUCCGAUUGGCCCUACCAUGCAGGGUCACUUCAAGUCCAGCCCUACCCCGACUUCCGAGGGGGGCUACAUCCCGUUGCGUCGCACCGCCCGUGCCUGUGACUCGUGCCAUCGCCGAAAGAUCCAAUGUGACUCCUCUGUCCCUUGUAAUUGGUGUCGGCAUCAUAAUCUCGAGUGCACCUUUGAUAGACCCAUCGGCGGCAAACGGAAGAAGACCAGUCAGCCCGCCAAUCCAAGACCUCAUCCCCCACAGCCCCAGGAAGAAUUGGAGGAUCGGGUGCGUCGGCUCAAACAGCUUCUCACCCGGUCCAUCGCCACCAAUGAGCAUCCAAAACACUGUCUAUCUUUGUUGGACAAAGGCCAUCUUGACAUCGAAGGAAUGGUGCCGGAACCCCAUCCCAGUAGUGGCUUGUGCUUUGGUAAGAUCCAUUUCGCCGGACACUACGUAGGUGACAUCCGCACUUACUCAGGGAUCCCCUGCUUCUCGCAUGACGGCUACGAAUGGGUGCGGUCUUGUACCGGGGAGUCUGGCACUUUCGACGACCUCUGGUCGCACAAGUUCCCGCACCAUGUUCCACAUUUGACAGCACCCCCGCAAAACGGUUACAACUCGGUCACACCGGAUCUCCCAGACCGGUCGUUGGUGGAACAGUGGGCGCGCCACUUCUUCUCGUCUUACGAAUGCUUGGUCUUUCCGGUGGUGGAUGAGGUGCUGUUCCGGGAUACCAUCGAUAUCGCCUAUCAACCGUGUCAGGGGCCGCUCCCGGUGGGAAUCACCAGUUCCAGGGCGUGCGUGUUGGCCUUUUUAGCCUUUAUCGCUGAACUCGAUCCGGCUCCUAAUCUCCCGUACGUCGACUCUGCUAUCUAUGCCGCCAAGGCGCAGAACCUGCUCCCGUAUAUGCUGCACGAUGUCAGCUUGCCCACGCUACAGAACAUGGUCAUGCAGACAAUGUACCGGACCUUCACCGGCGAACUACAACUCGCCAACCAAUUCCACUCCAUGGCCUGUCGAGUCAUGUUCAUGCUCGGCGGCGAGACCAAAGACAACCGACCACGAGACAACUCAGGGCCAGGAGACCGCAUCUGGCGAUACCAGCGGAUGCUGCGACGGAUGUUCUGGCUCUGCUACGGCUUCGACAAGGAACUGUGCUUCCGAUCCGGACAACCACCAGUCAUCGACGACGAACACUGCGAUUUGAGCCUUCCACCAAACUACACCGAACUGCAAUACCCAAGCCAACAACACCACGUGACACUCUACGAAGACAUGACCAUUCCUAUCUUCCCGGGUGAUUUACGACUUACGAUGCUGAAAUCGAAAACCUACCGUACCUUGUACUCCGCCAAGGCGUUACACAAAUCCGAUACCCAGCUGCUGCAGGACAUUCGUGAGCUAGACGACGAGCUAGAACAGUGGCGAAUGAGCGUUCCUCCGGCCCACAGACCAACAUUAGGCUCGGCCUUGGAGCAUCAGUCCGCCCCUGUAUUGCCGAUGCAAGCCGUUGUCAUCCGCUUGGAAUACCAUUACAUGAUGUGUACGAUCCAUCGAGCAAGCGGACGAUGUCAAGCGUGGGGGAAUUCUCAGAAUGGAAUGAUGGAGGGAGUCAAUUCGAGUAUGUUGCUUGCUGUGGAGGCGAGUCGGUCCUCGUUGCAUUAUCUUCGGUCGGUGAUUGGUUCGGAUGAUAAUAUUCUACCCCAUGUCCGCAAUCCUCACCAUCUUCUGCAGCGUUCUCAUGAACCCGCUGGAUCCAUGCGUCGAAGACGAUUUGAAUCUUCUCACUGUCGUCCCAACCUUGAUUAAGAAUGUCAAGAGGAGGAGAACCGCUGAUAAUGAACGCGCGCAUAUGCAAAUGGUGACGAAUUUUGUGGCCGAGUUGACGAGACUUGGGCAUUGUGCUAUUGAGAAGGCGAUGAGGGUCAGAGGGAAUUCUCAGUAGGAGAUUUAUUCCUGUUGUUAUGGUUUGUGGUUUGUGCUGCUUGUUUGGUGUAUAUGGAGCCUGUUUGUUAGAUACCCGUGUCAUAUGCUGUUGUUGUGUUGUGUUGUGUGGAGUAUAUAUUGUUUUCUUUUGUUUGUUUGUAUAUGUCGGAUGGUGGGGGUGGUUACUGUGGAUAUGUGUUGUAUUAGAUUGGAUAUAUAGUUGAAGGAUUGCAGAGGGAGGAAAACUAGAAAUUCAAAUACACUAUAUCUCUAUCAUC